CCCCAGACCCUGGACUCUGACCCGGGACCCCGGACCGGCCGUCCCGACAUGACGGGGCUGGAGGAGGACCCCGAGUUCGACUUUGAUUUCCUUUUCGAAUUUAACCAGAGCGACGAGAGCGCCGCGGGGGUCGCCCCAGAGCACUACAGCUAUGGGUCCCCCAACAUCAGCCCGGGUCUGCCCCUGCCCACGGCGCACCCCUCGCUGCCGGUUCAGUGCCACGACAUGCAGACGUCGGCCCCAGGCAUCUCGGCCCUGGCUGCGGCGAGCCACCCCUCUGGGUACGGGGCUGCUGUGGACGGUGGGCCCUCGGGCUACUUCCUGUCUUCCGGCCACGUCCGGCCCAACGGAGCCCCGGCCCUGGAGAGCCCUCGCAUCGAGAUAACCUCGUACCUGGGGCUGCACCACAACAACAACCAGUUUUUCCAUGACGUGGAGGUGGAGGAUGUCCUUCCCAACUCCAAACGGCCCCCGUCCACGGCCACCCUGAACCUGCCCAACUUGGAGGCGUACCGGGACCCCUCCUGCCUGAGCCCUGCCAGCAGCCUGUCCUCACGCAGCUGCAACUCCGAGGCCUCGUCCUACGAGUCCAACUACUCCUACCCCUACACGUCCCCGCAGACGUCCCCGUGGCAGUCCCCCUGCGUGUCCCCUAAGGCCACGGACCCCGAGGAGGGCUUUCCGCGUGGCCUGGGGGCCUGCAGCCUGCUGGGCUCCCCGAGACACUCGCCCUCCACCUCGCCCCGCACGAGCAUCACGGAGGAGAGCUGGCUGGGGGCGCGCACCUCCCGGCCCUCCUCCCCCAGCAACAAGAGGAAGUACGGCCUCAACGGCCGGCAGCUGUCCUGCUCCCCGCACCACUCGCCCACGCCGUCCCCGCACAGCUCGCCGCGGGUCAGCGUCACGGACGACACGUGGCUGGGCAACACCACGCAGUACACCAGCUCGGCCAUCGUCGCCGCCAUCAACGCCCUGAGCACCGACGGCAGCCUGGACCUGGGCGACGGCGUCCCCAUCAAGGCCCGCAAGACGGCCCUGGACCAUUCGCCCUCGGUGGCGCUCAAGGUGGAGCCGGCCGGCGAGGACCUGGGGACCACGCCGCCCACAGCCGACUUCCCGCCGGAGGAGUUCCCCCCAUUCCAGCACAUCCGGAAGGGCGCCUUCUGCGACCAGUACCUGUCGGUGCCACAGCACCCGUACCCAUGGGCCCGGCCCAGGUCGCCCACGUCCUAUGCCAGCCCGUCUCUGCCCGCCCUCGACUGGCAGCUGCCGUCACACUCGGGGCCCUACGAGCUGAGGAUCGAGGUGCAGCCCAAGUCCCACCACAGAGCCCACUACGAGACGGAGGGCAGCCGGGGGGCCGUGAAGGCGUCGGCGGGGGGACACCCCAGCGUGCAGCUCCACGGCUACCUGGAGAGCGAGCCCCUCACACUGCAGCUGUUCAUUGGGACGGCGGACGACCGGCUGCUGCGGCCACACGCCUUCUACCAGGUCCACCGUAUCACAGGGAAGACCGUGUCCACCACCAGCCACGAAGCCGUGCUCUCCAACACCAAAGUCCUAGAGAUCCCGCUCCUGCCGGAAAACAACAUGCGAGCCAUCAUCGACUGUGCGGGGAUCCUGAAGCUCCGGAACUCGGACAUUGAGCUGCGCAAGGGGGAGACCGACAUUGGCAGGAAGAACACGCGCGUGCGGCUGGUGUUCCGGGUCCACAUCCCGCAGCCCAGCGGCCGCACGCUGUCCCUGCAGGUGGCCUCCAACCCCAUCGAGUGCUCCCAGCGGUCGGCUCAGGAGCUGCCCCUGGUGGAGAAGCAGAGCGUGGCCAGCUGCCCUGUCCUGGGCGGGAAGAGAAUGGUCCUGUCGGGACACAACUUCCUGCAGGACUCCAAGGUCAUCUUCGUGGAGAAAGCUCCAGAUGGCCACCACAUCUGGGAAAUGGAGGCGAAAACCGACCGGGACCUGUGUAAGCCAAACGCGCUGGUGGUCGAGAUACCGCCGUUCCGCAACCCGCGGAUCAGCAGCCCCGUCCAGGUCAGCUUCUACGUCUGCAACGGCAAGAGGAAGCGGAGCCAGUACCAGCCCUUCACCUACCUGCCUGCCAAUGUUCCAGCCAUAAAAACAGAGCCCACCGACGACUACGAGCCGGCCCUGACCUGUGGACCAAGGGGCCAGGGCCUGAGCCCGCUCCCGAAGCCCUGCUACGGCCAGCAGCUGGCCCUGCCGCCCGACCCGGGGUCCUGCCUGGUGGCCGGCUUCCCGCCCUGUCCCCAGAGGAGCGCCAUGAUGUCGCCGCCGCCCAGCGCCAGCCCGAAGCUCCACGACCUGUCCUCCGCCCCCUACAGCAAGGGCAUGGCCAGCCCGGGCCACGGCCCCCUCGGACUUCAGCGGCCGGCCGGAGGGGUCCUGGCCGGCCCCGAGAUGCCGCGGCCUGUGGGCGUGCACCCCGGCUCCCCGCAGCAGCCGCCCCCCGCCCUGCUGCAGCCACAGGUGAGUCCACAGCUGAGCAGCAGCCGUCCCCCGGGGGGCCAGCCAGCGCUCUGUCCCCACAGCCCCUCGUCUGCACUGCCGCCCGGUACCCAAGAGCCGACCUGUUUGCAGUCCUGCAGCCCAGCCCGCCCUCCUGGGAUGGGCCACCAGCAGCACCAACUGCCGAAGGUUCCAGAAAAAGAGCCUGCAGCCACCCGGCCUCUGCCGCUGCCUGAGGUGCGUGAGGACAGUAAUCAGGGUCUGGCCCCCACUCCCGUAUCGGUCAAGCGAGAGCCUCAAGAGUUGGACCAGCUGUACCUGGACGACGUAAAUGAAAUAAUACGGAACGACCUCUCCAGCACCAGCACCCACUCGUAGUUGGCGGCGUCGGAACUCGCUCAGGAGCCACACGGUGUCGGCAGGCGACACAGACUUCUGACGAAAUAAACCGAACACACCUGGUACCACUCAGAACUUCCGACUUACUGAAGAUGUGUGAUACGGACAGAGACGUGGCUCUUUCACGGGAAGGAAGAAGGGGAAGCGGAAGGAAGGACGGACGGACGGACGGAAGGACCACUCCACCUGCUGAAGGAAAAGUCAUCUCAAGAAGAGAGUAAAGGGCUGGGGUGGGGCGAGCGCAGGAGAGAGUGUGGCGGCCCCGUGGGAACGACCCCCCGUGGCAGCCUGGCCCCAGCGCGUCCUCGGGCCCCCCUGGAUUCGGUCCUGGAAGUGCCUUAUUCAACCCAACCACAGCAUCAGGGCUUCGUAGACUUGAGCAUUAAAUCUGCCACCAGGGGAGCAUUUGUAGGAGCAAAUCUAGAAAAACAUUUCGUCCUGAGGCUCUGCCAGACUUUGCAGAAAUUAAGAGAAUGCUGGCAAGCUAGGCGUCCUGAGGAAAGCCCAGCCCACGUUCCCUCCUUCCUCCCGACCUCCCGGGUGGCUGUCACGUACGGCGUUGUGGCCUGACCCGGCGCGUUAGGAACCCUCCAGUGUUUCAUCUCGGCCCUUCCGUAAUAUCCUUCCCUCCCCUGCGCUACUAAAACCGUAGGAUUGUUCAUCGCCGCGCGCUAGGGUUUGUUUUUAAUCUGGCUUCGAACACAGCGCACGUAGGUCGGGGAGCACAAGAGAGGUUACCGGACAGGAAAGAAACUGUCUGCGCAGGACGGGUCUUGCGUUUGCGUGUGUGUACAUACGUAGGCACAUAUUUAUGUGUGAAUAAUAAAUAACAGGUGGUCUUCGGUCUUUGCCCAGCAAGGGCUGCUGUGCCAGCAGUAACCAGAAUCCAUCUGGGGAGAUGCGUCCACGACUCCAAAUCCGGCUCUUCAGCUACUUCCACGGGGCCGUCACCCCCCCCCAGGUCUGCGUUUCCUCGCCUGGUGCAGAUAACCGAGCACUUUAGAAGCCGGGGGAGGUGCGUUCAGAACGCCCUGUGUUCCCAGUGGUGAAAUUGGAAAGUCACUGUAAAUAGCAUUACGGAGGGAGUGUAAUAUAUUUGUUCAGCUAUAAGAUUAUUAUUUCACAGAAGCCUUAUAACUCUGCUUCGAGUAAGAAAACGGUUACCAAAAAACGACGUUUUAAUACGCAGCGGUCGUAGUAGGUUUCAGAGUAGUCACUGUUACCAGGGAGGGUAGUGUAGCUUUACGACUGCAUUUUGUACCAUUAACAGCUUCUUACACAUUACUUCUCGCCACGAUCUAUUGUUUCACGUAACCAAAAAAAAAAAAAAAAAAAAAAAAA